AUGGCGAAAUACUCCAUAAAGUCUCAUCGUAAGUUCUCGGCUCCUCGUCAUGGUUCCCUUGGGUUCUUACCACGUAAGAGAACGAAAAAGCAUCGAGGAAAAGUAAAGUCUUUCCCUAAAGAUGACGCUACCAAGCCUUGCCAUCUUACAGCAUUUAUGGCCUAUAAGGCUGGUAUGACUCAUGUCUUGCGUGAACCUGAUCGUCCUGGUUCAAAAAUGAAUAAGAAAGAAGUAGUAGAAGCUGUUACCAUCCUGGAAACUCCUCCAAUGGUUGUUGUAGGUGUCGUUGGCUAUAUUGAAACUCCUCGUGGCCUUCGUACUUAUAAGACCGUUUGGGCUGAACAUCUGAAUGAAGAAUGCAAGCGUCGCUUUUACAAGAACUGGUAUAGAUCAAAGAAGAAGGCCUUCACUAAAUCAUGUAAGAGAUAUGGAGACGCAAACGGCGUUCAAACGAUCGAACGUGAUUUCGAAAAAAUGAAAAAGUAUUGCAAAGUCAUCCGUGUUAUUGCACAUACUCAGAUAAGACUGGUCGCUUUACGACAAAAGAAAUCCCAUGUCAUGGAAAUCCAAGUUAACGGAGGUAAUAUCGUUGAAAAGGUAGACUAUGCCCGUGCUCUGUUAGAAAAAGAAGUACCAGCUGAUACCGUUUUUAGCCAAGAUGAAAUGAUUGAUAUAAUUGGUGCAACUAAAGGAAAAGGAUUUAGAGGCGUUACUUUCCGAUGGGGAACGAAGAAAUUACCACGGAAGACGCAUAAAGGUUUACGAAAGGUUGCAUGUAUUGGCUCUUGGCAUCCUAGUCGUGUUGGCUUUUCUAUUGCUCGCGCUGGUCAAACUGGUUACCAUCAUCGUACUGAAGUUAACAAGAAGAUUUACCGUAUUGGUUCUGGAAAAGAUGAAAAGAACGCUAGUACAGGAUAUGAUACGACUGUCAAGAAAAUUACUCCUGUGGGUGGAUUCCCUCAUUAUGGUGUAGUUACACAGGAUUACAUAAUGUUGAAAGGAUGUGUCAUGGGUCCUAAGAAAAGAGUCAUCACUUUACGAAAGUCUCGCCGUGUCCAUACUAGCCGUGUCGCAUUGGAGAAGAUUAAUUUGAAAUUUGUGGAUACAACAUCGAAAUUUGGCCAUGGAAGGUUCCAAACUCUUGAUGAAAAGAAAGCCUUUAUGGGAACCCUUAAGAAAGAUAUCGCAGCUACUGCAUAAAUUCGGCCAAUUACUGUUUAAUAGACGUGUCAUGUACUGUUGAGUAAUAAAUGAUUAAAAU